UCCCUCACUUUCUGCCUCUAUCCUCCUCUCUGUUUAUCUCGCUCCAACUUACCUCCUUCCCUCUCUUUCUCCCGCCAUCCAUCCCCAAAUAAAACCUAAUAGACUGCAGUACCACACAUGCUCCAGACAUGCUCUCACAAAGACGAGGAUGUGCACCAGUAUUAGCGCAGUAAUUACAGGCGCAGCCACCCCCCCCCACCCUCUGCACACACGCAUGCACAUUACAACCUGCUGCUAAGUCAGCACCAAUGCUGUUAGCGGUCAAACUGAUGAUUGCAUUUUGCAAAGGGAAAGCAUCUCCUUAAUUAAUGGGAGAAGCCAAAAGCAGCCUGAAAAGACUGAAAAGGACAGAGAAUAAAUGGACAUGGACUGGUGAUGAGAUCUUAAUAGAAGCAGGACAAGGAGUGGGUCUUGGUGAUCUGCAACCAAACAUAAACGCAGGACAAAAGUAGCAAAAGACGGUGUCUGUGACAUAUAAUGAGUGAGAGAGGAGGAUGGUGAAAGGGAGAGUUAGCAAGCUAGAGCUGUGCUCAUUUGAGCACAAAAGAUGCGAGCGUGUGUCUGCGUGCAUGAGAAUAACACCAAAAAGGAAGAGGAGGAGUGAGCAGGAGAGGGAGGAGUGACUUGGGAGAGGGAGGAGGGAAAAAAAGGGAGUGAGUGCGAGAGAUAUUGUCAGGCAGUCCUGCCAGAGAUCAGCAGUGGCAGCAGCAGCACGAGCUUCAACAGCGGAUGGGACACCGACGCACUGAGCAGACGGAAGCGGUCAGGAAAUACGGGAAUACACGCUGAUGAAGAAGCAUCAACAUAAGAGAGAAGGAUGGAAUAAAGAGAGAAUUUUACUGCUUCUCCCAGCGAUUUAUACUUUUGUUUGGAGCAUCCCACAAGCAGAGCACCAGUGAAAACACAUACAUAUGAUAUAUAUAUAAAAUUCCUAUACAUAUAUAUCAAAUUAUGCCUGUUUUCAAAGAAGCUGCAGCCGGACAAGGACUGAAUUGACAGCAAAAUGCAUCAAAAUAUUGGGAAACAAUAUGCAGCAUUUAUUUAAAAACUGUUGCAUAUCAUUGCACUGAGGUUGUUUUUCUCCAUUUUUUUUCUUUUUUUUUUUUUUUUUUUUUUUUGAGGGGAAAAAAUGAUGCAAAUGGAAAUCUGUAAAACUGGCAGCUGAGUAGUUUAUCCAAAAUUAUCAACAGAGUUUCUGUUGCAUGCAGUCCUGUAAUUACAAAGGAGCUUCUUUUGAAAACAGGAAUUUUUUUUUUCAACCCUCGGUGCUACACUGCCGUUUGGCUGUCGCAUCUCCACUUGUCUCUGUCGUCCGUGAGAGCUGGUAGUAUUCCAGUGAGGCUUGUGUAAGUGCACUGCUGAAAGUGCAGAGGGCAGUCCACAGGCUCCCUGACCCCCACGCUGAUAUUUCCUCAGCAACGACAAAACUCCCACUGAGCCUGAGAGAUAAGGGUGAGGUAAGUUGUGGAAGAGACAAAAAGAGGCAAAAACAUCAAAGAACGGAUGGAGGUAGACGGAGAUCAGAGGCAAAAUUGAGCCAUGAAAAAAUGAGAAAAGAAGAAACAAAACCAUUGAACCGUUCCAUUCUGCGCAAUAAAAAAAGAGAAAAGAAAUCCAAGCACAUUUAUCUACUUCACAGCAUCUUUUGAGUGUUGGAUGGAUGAGAUCUAAGACAUUAAGAUCAUAGAGUCAGUGUCACAACAACAGCCCUUCCCUCUCUCGUUCUCUUCUUUUUCUCUCUGCCUGAGCAUUUCCAGUGGAGAGCUGAGCAGGCUGAAACACAAGAGUAUCCAGCUGGUGUCCCAGGUCUGUCAGAGACCUUUGGAUCCAAGGAGAGGAGGGGUUUCAGUGAAGCGCAAAAGGGAGAAAAAGCAACAGAAGCCCUGUGCAUGCUGAGCACCAAAAGCCAUUGGACUUGUGUGUGUCUCUUAAAAGCUACAGACUGAAACAAUCGUCUGUUAUCAGGGAGUUUGAGCUGUUUGGGAAUGUGUGUUUGUGAGUGUAUGUGUGUGGAUGUGUGAGAGAAAAACAAGCCUCAGGUGCAAGAGGGACACUUUUGGACUGUAAUCACCACAGGAGUACAGCUUGACGAGAGCCUGGAGUCUCAUCUCAAAGAUAUUUAACCACUGUUACCUGUUGGGUGUUUGGCUGAGAAUAGGAAGGAGCUGUCUGUGCAAAUGUGAAGCUGAUCACAUAAUAUCACUUAUAAAGACAUCAGUGGCUGAAAGACUGAAGCUACAUUUCUCAGAGCGGGAGAGACGUUCAUCAACAUCAACCACAGUGGCAGCAAAAAAGAUGAACACUGCAAAGAAAAAAAGCUCCCUUUUAACAGUGACACUGAAAGUAGCAGGAUGAUAGGAUCUGAGAAGAAGUAGAGGACAAAGGGGAACACGACACACUUUUGGUACGUGUUUUUCUCUGGACUUUAAAACUGAUUUGACUCCACCGUUGAAUUGUUACCCUCAGGAAUAUGGGUUUAAAUUUGGAAUGAAAUAUUUUCCAUGGGGGAACCUUUACUGUCUGCAAGUUUGACAGGAAUCUGGUUUUCGCACUAGCGCCAUCAAGAACCUAGAGUUCAGACUUUUCACGGAUUAUUCAUCAGCUCAGUGGGAAAGCUGGCUGCUGGAAAUGCCAGAAGCAACUUCAUAGGUAGCACGUCCUCCUAAACUGAAUCCCCUCCAGGAUUUGGAUUUGCUUAGAACCGCCUCUGCUGUAUGCUGAUGACCUAUGGCUUUGUGAAAGUUGCGGUAGCUUUUGGGACUUUUGUUAAGUGCUACUCAUCAGUACUAAGACGUCGCAAGAUAUUGGAGAAAGACAAAGAUGGCCUCCUCAGUGUAUCCACUCUUGUUGAACUUCUCAUUGGCCAUUUUCCUGGGUCUGACUUCCCUGAGUGGACUGAGCCCUCGACCAUCAGGUCAAGCUUUGGCACAGGUUCCUACUAACAACCAGACAACAGAACCUUCUGUGUUACCAGAGGCAUCGCUGCCAACGCCCACACCAGAGACAAAUGAGCAAACAGAUGGAUCUGGUGGGAACCGCUGUUGGGGUUAUUAUGAUGUUAUGGGCCAGUGGGACCCACCUUUCAAUUGCAACGCAGGUAUCUACAUGUUCUGCUGUGGUUCCUGCUUCUACCGCUUCUGCUGCCAGUUCAAAGUCCACAGUCUGGACCAGACUUCCUGUUCCAACUAUGACACACCAGUGUGGGCGAACACUGGGCGACCGGCUGCACCUGUCACAGAAGUCCAUGAGGAACCAGACCGGGAUCGAACCCACAUGAUUGUAUAUAUUAUCUGUGGAGUGGUGGCCAUCAUGGUGCUGGUGGGGAUUUUCACAAAGCUCGGGCUGGAGAAGAGUCAGGGAGGACAAACAGAUAUGACAAACUCCAGGACUCUGACGGAGCUUUUGAAGCAGCCAGGGGAGGCAGGAGUAGUGGAUGGAGCUGGAGUUCAUCAUCCUAUAGGGACAAACGGCAUCACCGCCAGGACACUGCGCUCCAACAACGAUCACAACCAUCUGAACAACGCAGCUUUAUCUCCUCUGGGACCGGCCAUGGCCCUGUCUCACCCUCAUAACAACCUGGGAAUUGGCUUCAACAAGUACACCUCACUAAAGGCUGCAGACACAGGUCCAAGAGACUACUACAAGAGCUACCCAAUGGUAGAUUACACCCAUCGCCAGUCUCCACCCACUUUCCAGCCCAUCAACUUCCACCCCAAGGACAAGCCCUUCCUCCCACCGCCUGACAUCCAUGCACCUCUGGCCAUCACUAUCAAUGCCUCCCAGAUCCCCAAGCCUAAGAUCUCCAAGACCAACACCCACCCUCUCACCUCCAGUUCAGCCUUCAAAGCAUGGGACCCAAGUAAGAGCCACAUGCAGCACCCAGUGGCCUCCCACAUGGGCAUCGGGGGACAGCAGCAUCACCCCAUCCAGCAGCAACAGCACCAGCCACUGCACCAGCAGAACAGCAGGCGCCAGGCCUACUCUAACAAGAGACAGUUCAGCAUUGAGACGCUGCCAGAGCUCUUCUCACAGCCACUAGGCUAUGGCCACUCACCACACAUGCACCCCAAGCACAAGGGACUGGCCACCAACAGCAAGACAGAGGUGACGGUGUGAGCAUGUGGGUAAACAGACACAAGACAAGAUUUAAAAAAAAAACAAAAAAACAAGAGGAGAUUAAAGGAAGUUAUCUGAUAUCCUUUAUAUCCACAUGCAGCUAUGAUGGUGUGUGGGAGCAAGCAAAUAUCGUAUCUGAAUUUUUAACUCUGUGUUCCUCAUCAUUGUUGACUAAACAACAAUAAUGUGAGUGAUAUUUGUGUAUUUUUAAAACCACCAGAUCAAAUCAGAUGCAGAUAAGCUGUGCAGGUGAUGGAUUAGCAGGUGUUGGCUGCAACCCUUUUGAACCUGACAGCUUUUUAAACUAAUUGAGAGGCCUCUCAGUGUGUCCUCACACCUCUCUGCUUCGUCUCCUCUCAACCCUCUUGUACCUCAGUGGCAUUCUGCUCUGCUCUGUAGCACCACUCCAUCAGCUACAAAUGCUCAAAAUCCCACAUAGAGACCCCUUUUUUAAACCCAUAAACUAAAUCCCAGGCUCGGAGGCCGUCGGAGAGGCCAGGAGGGGAGUGUUUCCCCGAAGACUUUGGCUGCUUAUCAACUGAGACAAUGCCAUUGUGUUGUCAGCUCUCAUUGCCCUCCAGUCCUACAAAGAGUGAGAGAUCAGCCUGGCGAUUCAUACCAGACAAGAGGGCAUGGGAGUGUGGAAAGGAUUCAUCUCAUUCUGGAGGCAAAUGUGAUGAGAAGGAUCUGAACAAUGUACAUCCAUGCAUGCGUGCACAUAAACACAUACAAUACACACUUGUCAAAAAUUACAAAAGCUUCAAGGCACUGUCAGAAGCCACAGGCUACCCCACCCUACACCCAUCACCCCCGAGACGAACACACACUCACUUGUCUAAACACACUAAUUCCCAGAGAAUAAGCAAGCUCUCUUAUUCUCCUUAUAUGCAGGGGCUCAUUGGACUGUCUCUUAUUUUGCUGUAGAUGAAAACUUCUCUAAAAUCCUGGAUGCCUCCAAGAACAAAACAGUUCGUGCAUCCCGAAAGAUCGCUGAAAAAUCACAGCAUUCUCUGUACGGGUUUUCACAAAUAUGUCAGAGAACUUUCAGUUGCAUAUCUGAUAUCUGAAUAUGGAUCAUGUGCACCCUCUGAGAUGCGCCUUGCUAUUUUCAGCUCCAUACGUUUACCAAGACCUGCUUUUCGUAAACAAACACUAAUUAUCAGCAUCGUAGAGGUUUUCUGAAUGUAGGAAGAGAAAGCACUGAUGCACAUAAGAAUUCACCUUCUCCUAAUAUGGCUGUACUCAAAUGCAGCUGUUUGAUGCUUGUGUUUACUGCUGCUGCUUGCACUGCAUUUUACCUCACUCCCUCUUAAUGAAGUGUUUUAGCACUCCAAGUAAAUGACUGCAAGCACUUAUGCAAAGCACAAAUGUAAUUCAUGGCUUAGAUGCAUACAGCCAAUCCAUCAAGGGUUUUUUUUUUU